AGACAGAAUAUGAAGGUUCGAAUCAACGCCACUGGGGAUACUAUAGUUCUGAAGUUCGUUCGACCCAACCCUGAUGUCAAACUUGAAGGCUACAUCUUAGGCUAUGGUUCCAGCAUGUUCUCCAAGCAGUUCAUUCAACUUCCAGAAAACGGGGAACCCUAUGAGACCGAGAUUGAUGCUGAGCCCAAGUACCUGGUAGCUGUUCAGCCCAUCCCAACCAAUGAUGUGAAGAAGCACUGCACAGGUAAAGUGAACCUGGAUAAACCUCUUCAUCUGGUGAUCGAUUCUGUCACACCGACAUCUGUGCUUCUGUCCUGGGGAACCUACUUGAAGACACCCUAUGAAGGAAACAUCAUGAACGACUGCUUGGAGGAUGGGCAUUACACCAUUCGCUAUAGAGAAAGAAACAGGAAGUGGAUCUACCAGACCUGCCCCACAUCUGAUACCGUAAUCGACAACCUCAAGCCCAACACACCCUACGAAUUUGGCGUCCGAUCCAACAAAGAUGACCGUAGUGGAAUGUGGAGCAAACCAGUGAUGCACAACACCAACAUGGGAGACAAAAACAUGCAGAUAACCUACAAGCCCAACCGACCCAUUGUCAAGACUUUGGCUGGAACCCACAGCAGCCUGUUCCCACUUCGACCUGCUGUUGUAUACCACAACAUAAGCCAGCCAGGACUGCCCAAAAACACAGGCGUUAAUGGAGGUCCCAAGACAUCUUUUGCGCCACCAAUGGGCCAGCAAGGAACUGUGGCUGCUCCAAGAGCCAAUGAGCCAAAAUGGCCUCAGCUCCCAUUGGAUUCAGACAGCCAUGUUAGAAAUGACUCCUCUCAGCUGGUGGAGAUCCUUCCCAUCAUUCCCCAACUCCUAUCCACUAAACCCUCCCGUCCUUCGGUCACUCCUACCCCCUAUUCCUUACCCAGCAGUACCCGGACACCCCCACACGGACACUCCCAAACCAGUGCACCUAGAGCCGCUCAGAUGCCACAUAGUUCCUCUGCUAACGGUGAGCACCAUAAGGGACUUUCUCUCCCCAAACCAGCCAUAUGGUCCAGAACAAGAAUGGGUUCUCCAGCUGCACGCCUUCCUAUUCCAGCAAAAAAGCCUAAUCUUGUUGGCAAACCUGGAGGAAUAGCAGACAAGAUAACAGGGCUGAGUCAGGACAAAGCUUCCAUCUUGAAACCCAAGCUGCCACCUGUUACAGCAAAACCAUCCAAACCAAAGACAGCAUCUUCUCCUACAGUGACAGCACCCCGAUUUGAGACAUGGGAGAACUCUUCAGUAUUCAGCUCUGUUCCUGCUUCUAAAAUUGAUGCCAUGGGCAAAGAACGCUACAUUGCUCCACAUGUGGUCUACAAGACAGAUAAGAAGCCAGAUGAACCCUGCUCCAUCACCACCUCUCUGAGUUACUUCCCUGAGGAGGAGGCUGGAGAACAAAAUGUCACCAACCCUCCAAGAACACCCCCAUCCAACCUUACUGUUGUAACCGUGGAAGGAUGCCCCUCCUUCAUUAUUCUUGAUUGGGAGAAAACAGAUAAUGAGACGACAGAAUAUGAGGUUAUCUCAACAACUAAAGGUCCUGAUGGUGAACAGGUUUCCAUUCUGACCACCAAUCAGACUCAUACAGCUGUGGAGAACCUCAAACCAGAGAGCAGUUAUGAAUUCAAGGUGAAGCCUAAGAAUGAACUCGGUGAAGGGCCGCCCAGCGAACCAGUGACUUUCAACACAGAGUCUGCGGAUCCACGAGUAAGCGAGAACGUCUCAGGUAAAGAUGCCAUUUGGACCCAGUUCCCCUUCAAAACUGACUCCUAUUCUGAAUGCAACGGGAAGCAGUAUGUCAAGAGGACGUGGUACCGCAAAUUUGUUGGCAUCCAACUCUGCAACUCCCUACGAUACAAGAUCUACCUGAGCGACUCCCUCAACGGUAAAUUCUACAACAUUGGAGACCAGACGGGUCAUGGUGAAGACCACUGCCAGUUUGUGGACUCAUUCCUGGAUGGAAGAACGGGCACUCAGCUUCCUGCAGAUCAGCUACCAACCAGGCCAGGCUUCUACAGAGCAAUGAGACAAGAGCCAGUCCACUUCGGCCAGAUAGGUGGAAACUCCCAUAUCACCUACGUCGCAUGGUACGAAUGCGGUACGCCAAUACCAGGGAAGUGGUAGGACCGGAGCAAGCAUCCACAAGGAACCCUAAAGAGUAACUCUCAUUGGUUGGGGUUGGUGCCUGCUAAAGUCACAUGACAUGCUUUUUUUUUUUUUACUGUUUCCCCCCCCACCAAUGAUGGCGAGUUCAGUCACUCCUCAGCCUACGUCACCAAAGUUCAUACCAUGUAUAAUAGUGUACAGGAUCAAAGAGUCAGGGAAUACUUUUGAGUGCAUUUGUGACAUGUAAUAGCAGAACAGUGCCUCAUCUUGUUAUUUAUCAUACAGUAACUAGAAGAAAGUAAUAAUAAUAAUAAUAAAUAGUUCAUUAUGAGAAAAACACUUCAAAUACAUUGAAGUGAUGAACAUAACAUAAAAAAGAAAGGUAAAAAAAUACUUGUUUAAAUAUUGGGAAGCUGGCUCCCUGAAACUAUUUUGAUAUUUUGUGUAAUAUUAUUUAUCAAAGUUUGUGGUUUCUUCACUGGCUUUCUUCCAGUGAGAAAGGGCCAGGCUUUUAUUAAGCGCUUUAAAGACAGCCUGGGCUUUUGUCUACCACCAGAGGCAGCUGUAUUAGUUUAGGUCUCUGAAAUGUCAGAUGAUAUGUAUAGCUGGGACUCUUCGCUAUGUUGCUUUUACGAACACAUUGUAGUGGCUCAACAAGUCAGGUUACCCACACUAGAAUAGACACAACGGACUCAAGACGACGACACGUCUAUGUUUACAAAGGGUAGGGAUGAACAUAAUCAUUGUCUUUACAUGCACACACACACACGGAAUAUGCAAACUAACAUUCAUUUAGAUGCUUUGUACCAUGGCUAUAGUCUUCCAAUGUAAGUCCUGGUAUAUUUGAUGGUUCUAGAUUGUAAGGACAACCUUACACUUGCAAUUUGCACAGCACAAAUAUAUUUAUAUGUAUAUGGAGAGAGUAUUUUUUCAGGAAACCUUUGAGAGAAUUAAAAAUCCUUCCCCUCAAGCUUGUGAAACAUGAUACAAGUUUAAAUAAAAAAAGAAAGGAAAAAAAAAAAAAAACACUUUUUUUGAGUGUUAACUCACUGAAUACUUCAAGGAGAGCUUGUCUGGGUCCCAUAUUUUGUACAGUUUUGUCCCUGCCAAGCCCUUGGCAGAGUUUCUCUGGCUUAUCCGUAUUUUCAUGGAAUUUGUUUGUAAAAUGAAACUGUUGUUUGUUGUUGUUCUGGAUUUGUUUUCUUCUGUAUGUAUUUUACAAUAAUAAAAACCAGAAGUUUUGUUUCUUUUUUAA